AUGCCACCCAAGAAAGACACUGCCGGCGGAGAAGCCAACGAGCUUCUCCCAGGCUUCACCGACAAGGAGACUAAGCUUAUUGCCGCCGCGUACCUGAGCUCCACCGGCCCUGACAAGUUCGACUAUGAUCACAUGGCUGCGCUCACCAAGAACACGGCUGGCUCGCUCAAGAAGAUGUGGCCUCCCGUCAAAAGAAAGGCCAUCGAGAGCCACCCGUCCUUUGCCAAGUUCCUCGGCCAGUCUAACGGCGACGCUACUGCAUCUACCUCUGAAGCACCAAAGCUUACCGCAGCUCCCAAGUCCAGGAAGCGCAAACCUGCAGAUGAGACACCUGAGGAACCUGCCAAGUCCGAACCCGACAGUUCGGAGCCCGACAAGAAGCCAACCAAGAAGUCUGCUCCUGCUGGGAAGAAAAAGGGUCGCGGUCGUCCGAAGAAGCAGGCCAAGAUUGAGACUAUGGACGAAGAAGACUCCGCUGACGGUGGCGAUGGCCGUGGUGAGUUUACGUCGAAGAGAGCUGUACAGCGUUGGCUGCAGAGUACUGACUACGAGUAA